GUGAAAUGUGAUAUAUAAUAUCCAACAUUGAGCAUUUUAUUUGAUUUGUGCACUAAUCCAUGAUGUGGAAAAUCCCAAAUGUUUCACAAUACACACUGCACGUCUGCUCAGUUGUACAUUGUAUACAUUCAUUCACACAGUGUAUAGAGAUUGUAAGCUGAUAGAGGGUGUACACUUGAAUUUAUAGGUAGGCUACUGCCCCUGUAUUUUCUUCGUCAUGGCGUCUAAGUUCCCAACAAAGAAGAGUGGAGAGGUCGAUCUUCGUACAAGGAAAGGUCAUGACAUGACAUGGUCUUGUGACAAGCAUGGUGAGCCAAUCAAAUUUUUCUGUAAAAAACACAAAAUUCCCAUAUGUCAUCCAUGCGCUACCAAAGAUCACAGUCAGAAACCAUGUGAGCUAGACGACAUCGAGGAUGUCAUCUUCGAAAGGAGGAGACAGCUAGAUGAAAAACGGCCAAAAGUUCAAGAACUUCACAAACAAUUGGAAGUCCUCAGCACGAAAAUAAAGACUGUAUCAACGUCUGGAAGUACUCAUCUUCGGACAAUUAACAACAACAUUCAAGCAUCAUAUCACGACAAGAUCAAAUCUGUUGGAGAAAAGGAGAACAGGAUAAUUAGGGUUAUUAACGAGGAGGCAGAUGAGGAAAUAAGACUAGUAAAUGAGAAGAGAGAAAAACGGAUAAAGGAUUGCAACACCGAGAGAGAAAAGGAGCGACAAAUAAUCAAAGACAAAGAAGCGAACCUUUUAUCAGAUACGAAGACAAUCAGUGGGGUACUUACUAAGAAGACAAAUAAUCUCUCUUGUAAAAAUCAGCAUGCAAUAAAGACUUUGAUGAGCAUUGAAUCAACCAUCAAACGUAUAAACCAACAUGAUGAAACAUUGGUGAAUGAAGCUCCUCAAGUACUUGCAUCUAUUGAUGAAAAUUUAAGUUUGAAUGUUCAUCAAGAUGUUAGCGACUGUCUUGACCGAAUACAGAGUGAAGUUGAGAGAGUGAAGUUUGUAGAGGGGGAAGUAGGUGGAGAAUACUAUGGUAGAAUUGAUGGGUAUAUCGGUAAAUGGGAACUUGUCAAGUCAAUCCACAUUCCAUGGGCUGUUGAAAAGCCGUGGGUGCGUGGUUUAGUCAGUGAUGAUGAGAUAUGUGUGCAAGACGUAGGUAACAAUGACAUGUAUGUUACAAACAUCAACACUCAACACACAGAGAGAGUCAUUGAUGAAGGUGUGUUGAUUACAUCAUGUGCGCCCAUAGACAGUAACGUAAUAGUAUGUGGUAAGAUGAGAUAUGAUUGCACGGGUGACAGGAUGGAUGGAUGCAUCAUUCUCUAUGACAGACAAUGGAAGGUGAUAAGAGACAUCAGCAUACCAAUGUAUGGAGACUCCAGCUAUUGUAGUAUGUAUGUUGAUGUUGACAGGGAUGGGAUGAUCAUCGCUGCUCAGUCCAAUCAGUCUAUUAUCUACGUCAUCAAUCCUACUAAUGAUAAGAUAGUAAACACUAUUACGAUGCAGGGUAAGAAGGUGAUGUGUAGGAUACAAGCCUUGUCAUCAGGUGAUAUCGUUGUGGAGACAGAUCAUGAUAAAUUCACUGUCAUCUCACGAUCAGGAGAAGAGAAGGCUGUCAUACACUGUGAUGAGUGGGUCUGGCCACAGUGUCGCGUUGACAAACUGACAGACACACUCUACAUUGCGUAUUGGGAUAGAGCGCGUAAUAUCUACGCAGUUGAUCAGGUGUCACGUGAUGGUAUCAUCCAGGCAAGGAGGAUCGUGGAAUCCGAGGGUUCAUUUUCCACUCUCUUCACCAUGUACAUCAGCCCUUGUCUUUUUACUCCUUCUGGUAACCUCGUAGGAUGUGACAGAAGCAAACUUCUUCUUUACAAGAAGGCUUUUAUCUUGUGAAUCAUCCAGGCUAUCUACUUUAUUUUGUGAAAAGAUAUUAGAUUACUCGUUGCAUUGUUUGUGCUGGAUAUCGUUGUGUUUCCAAUCCAAUCAUCGUGUAGAUUUAAUCUUGAGAAAAAAAGAAAUGAUUUUGUAAUUAAAUGGGAAACGGAACGUGAUGGAUAGUAUGAAUGUUAAAACCAAGAAUAAAACCCUCAUAAAUAUUGAUGUUUAACAUAUUUAAGAUAGAAUGAUUGUUAUUAAUUCAUAUAACGAUAUAUAGACUUGAGGAAAAUGGACAGAAUUGAUACCCUAAAGAUCAUCUCUACUAAUCGAUUCAGUAUGCUUCCUAAUCGUUUAAAUUAAAUUCAUGUAUUCUACUCAGUUAUUAAACCGCCCUUACUUCUUUCAUUUGUAUAUGUCACACUUUCAUACCUGAUCCAGAACACAGGUUACUAGUUUAUAUCAGUAAAUGAAGUUAUAUUCAUUCUAUCAUCAUGCCACAUUGUCUACAUGAUGAUAUCUAAAAGAGUCGAUUGAUUUGAUAACAAUCGAUAGAAAUGAUAACAAUUGGUAGAAAUGAUAACAUUUGGUCGAACUGAUAUUAUAUUCUGUACAAAAAUGAUUACAUUCAGCAUGUUCAGUAAAUACGAUACCAUUCUGUAGAAGUGAUGACAUUGUGUAAAAAUGUGUUAAAAUUCAAAGAACUGACAGCAGUCAGUAGAAAUGAUAUCAUGUGGUAGAAAUGAUAGCAUUCGGUAGAACUGAUAACAUUUCGUAUAAAUGAAAACAAUCAUUAUAUAUGAUAACGUUCUGCUAAAAUGAUAAAAUUGCGUAGAAAUGUUUUAAUAUUCCCUACAAAUGACAUCAUUCAGUACAGGCUCCCCUCUGAAAAACAUCGUUGAUAUGUUAUCAACACUAAGUAGGGCAAUCCCUCCGUCCUUUUAAUGAUCAUUUCUUUGUUAUUGUGAAUAUAUCUAGUGUUGUUGUAACUUUUUAAUUGACGGAAAAUAGAUACAAUACAAUACAACAUCCUGUACAAGUGAUAACAUUCGCUACACAUUAUUUAUUUUCGAUUUAUUUGUUAGAACAUAUUUAUUCAGGUACAAAAGAUAAGCAUAAAACUGUUUUUCAUCAAUGAAUGAAUGACCUGAUGAAAAUAUAAAGA